AGACCAACCAUAAAAGGAUGAAGCACCAACGCCUCCUCCACUGUCCUUCCGCACUUUGCUCGUUCACAAUCUUUCGUUUCCAAUUUCUGAGCCCAUUCCCGUUCUCCAGCCCUUUAUUCUGCACUGCCGUUGGAUUUGAAGGCUCCGGCUUGCUUCCUUUUUGGGGUUAGUUUGAGUUUCAUCAGCAUGGACAAGGAGGAAAAAUCUUUGGUGCUACGGAAGCUGAUCGACGUUUCCAACGAGAUCUCUGAGAUAUCGGAAUUCAAAUGCGUGAUCAGGAAGCAGUGUUCUGACCUCUCCAGGAGGUUGAGGCUGUUGACGCCUCUGUUCGAGGAAUUGGGAGAGACUGAGGAGAGAGUCUCGGAGGAGGCAGGCAGAGCUCUGGCUAAUUUAAAGGAUGCUCUGGAGAAAGCCAAGAAUUUGCUUCAAUUUGGCAGCCGAGGCAGCAAGAUUUACAUGGUACUGAAGGGAGAGCAAAUCAAGUCUCAAUUUGAGGAACUUAGAGUUCACUUUGAACAAGCCUUGGGUGAUGUUUCCUACCACGAUUUUGACAUUUCAGUUGAAGUUAAAGAGCAGGUUGAGCUUUUGCAUACUCAAUUUAAAAGAGCCAAGGAACGGAUUGAUGCACCUGACUUGGAGCUGUACGAGGAACUUCUAUCCAUCUACAACAAGAGCAAUGAUAUAGAUAUUGAUGCAGGGGCUGUACGUAUAUUAUGCGAGAAGCUCAAGUUUAUGGAAAUUGAAGACAUCAAGGAAGAAUCACUAGCUCUACUGCAGAUGGUUGGUUCCCAUGAUGAAGGCGUAGAUGAUACUGUAAAGAAGAUGUCUAUGCUGCUGAAAAAAUUUGAACAUUAUCUGCAGACAGAAUAUUGCAACAUUAGUCCAUCUUCCAGUAAUAAUAAUUCUGCACGUUGUAGUGACCAGGAAUGCACUGAGAAGUGUACCCAAUCACCAGUUGUACCAGAAGAUUUUCGUUGCCCAAUAUCACUGGAGUUGAUGAAAGAUCCUGUCAUCAUUUCCACAGGGCAGACUUACGAGCGAGCUUGCAUUAAGAAAUGGCUUGACGCAGGACAUGGAACAUGUCCAAAGACACAGCAGAUCAUUUCCAAUUCCAUCCUUACCCCCAACUAUGUUUUAUCUAGCCUAAUCUCCACAUGGUGUGAGGUGAAUGGGAUGGAAUCUCCUAAACGAUCAGGCAAUUCACACCAAGGUAGGGUUGCAUAUGCUGGUUCAAUUGAAAUUGUGGAGCUUGAAGCUCUCCUGAGCAAGCUAACCUCUGACAAUAUCGAAGACCAGAAGACUGCUGCAGGCGAGCUCCGUCUUCUUGCCAAGCACAAUGGUGAUAACCGUGUGUUGAUUGGUGUGGCUGGUGCCAUACCCCUCCUUGUUGGCCUCCUAUUUGUACCUGACAUUCGCACCCAAGAGCAUGCAGUUACUGCUCUAUUGAACCUAUCUAUUUGUGAGGUUAACAAAGGUAGCAUAAUAUCCUCUAAGGCCAUUCCUGGAAUCCUCCAUGUGCUCAAGAAUGGGAGUAUGGAGGCACGAGAGAAUGCAGCAGCCACUUUUUUUAGCUUGUCUAUGGUGGAUGAGUACAAAGUAGCUAUUGGUGCAUCUGGAGCAAUCCCGGCACUGGUAACACUUCUAAUUGAAGGUAGCCAGAGGGGGAAGGCAGAUGCAGCAUCAGCACUAUUCAAUUUGUGCAUAUAUCAAGGGAACAAGGGGCGGGCAGUCAGGGCCGGUGUUGCACCCAUUCUGAUGACACUACUUACAGAAUCUGGUGGUGAAAUGGUGGAUGAGGCAUUGGCCAUUAUGGCACUACUGGCUGGUAACCCUGAAGGAAAAGUCGCCAUUGGAGCUUUGAAUGCUGUGUCAACUUUGGUGAUGUUAGUCGAGAAUGGAUCUCCUAAAAAUAGAGAGAAUGCAGCCGCAGUGCUGGUGCACCUUUGUGGUGGAGAUCCUCAGCAUCUCUCGGAGGCUAAGGCACUUGGUGUAAUUACUCCCCUCGUGGACCUGGCAACAAAUGGUACAGAGAGGGGCAAGCGGAAGGCUGAACAGUUGAUUGAGAUUAUAGGUAGAUCUGGAGAGCAUCAUGAACAAACUCAGAUGCAAGCCAGUGCCCAUCCUCUGGCUCAGCCAUCAUAUCAGCAAUCUGUAGCAAAUGGCACAGAUGAUAGCUAAGGUCUUAAUUUCCAUUUUGUUUCGUGUCAAGCAUAUUAUUGUUCAUUAUGUUCUUCUUUUAGGGAAAGUCAGUCAACUGGCAUUAUAAUGUGGUAAUUUAUGUUAGGUAGUCGAUAGGUGUGGUAAAUACUUUUUUUUUUUGGUGUGAAUGGGUAAGGUUGAGGCGCAGAUAUAAUUGUCUAUUAAUGCAACUCUGCUGAUGAACUAGAAACUUCUGCAGUGGAACAAAAUCUAUAAUGGAAAGUAUAUUUGCCUACAUAA